AAGAAAAUAAAUUGUUUUCUAUGAUAUUACACACACACACACACAAAAAGAAAAAAAAAACAAAUAUUUUUUUGAAAUUGCAAGAUCGUUAACAACAACCCACAUUCCAAAAAUUGCAAGAUCUUUACAUUUUCUUGAACCUCAACAUUAAAAAUUCCCAUUUGAGGGUGAUCAAAAUGGAUUGGGGAACGGUUUCAACCGAAGAUCUAAUCGAAGCACUGAAAGAAGUCGACUGGUCAUCACCUCCUCGUCCUCUCCACGAAUUCUUUUCCAAAUUCACCGUCCCUCGUUCAUCUAACAAAUGGAACAGUCGCCUCAAGUGUAAUCUCUACUAUUACCGGACGAAUUACUUUCUGAUGAUUCUGUUUAUACUUGGAUUGGGAUUUCUAAGUAGACCACUGGCCAUUGUUGCAGCUGUGUCUACAGCUCUCACAAUUGCUUUCUUAAAUGAUAGUUUUGCAGGCACAUUUAGUGAAAAAGUAACAAGAUUCGUUAGGCAAAUUUCACCACAUUUAGCUGCAAAAAUGAGACCUCCACCAAUGCCUGUUCUUCGAGGGCGCCCUUCUUCCAAAAGAGCAAUUUAUAUAUGUGGACGUCCUCGUUGGCAAUUUGUUAUCAUGUCCUCUGCUGUGAGUUUCACUCUUUGGUUUGUUUCGUGCGGCCUCUUGAUUUUGUUAUGGGCAUUAGCCGUUGGGCUUCUUGCUACUAUCAUGCAUGCAAGCUUUCGGACACCUAACCUGAAAGCUCGAUUGAAUACAUUUCGUGAGGAGUUUCGUGCGGUUUGGCGAAAUUACAGUGAACUCUAGUCAACGUUCAUUGAUGAAGAGACAUCUCUAGUGUAUAUUUGUGGCUGGACUUCCUAUUGAUCCUGCUGUUGCAGUUGCGGAAUAAUUGUAAUCGUUGUAGUUUGGGCUGCUCCGUUGUCAAAAAAGUACGUCACGGGUUGUAAGUUGCCUAUAGCUUGGUGGGUGAAAAUUAGCCCGGUGAAUCUAAUGUUUCCUUUUUGUUUCCUAAACCUGUGAGGAGGCCAAAUUUUAAACAUUUAGUUGACGUUGGUUACUUGACUCGUUACUCAACGUAUGAACCAUAUGCUGUUGCAUCCUAAAUUCACAACCUUUUUCAUUCUGAUAA